AUGGAUAUCAUGAAUAGAGUCCGCAAACCUUGUUUAGAUAAGUUUGUCAUUGUCUUUAUAGACGUCAAACUUAUCUAUUCUCGUGAUAAGACUGAUCACGAGAAACAUCUUAGAUGUAUUCUUACUUUGCUAAAGCAAGAGAAGCUUUAUGCAAAAUUCUCUAAGUGUGAGUUUUGGCUUAGAGAGGUCCAAUUUUUGGGAUAUAUCAUUAGUGAGCAUGGUAUCCAAGUAGAUCUCGCCAAAAUUGAAGCUAUCAUGAACUGGGAAGCACCCAAGACUCCAUCUAAAAUCUGUAGUUUCUUAGGACUGGCUGGUUAUUAUAGAAGGUUCAUUGAGAAUUUCUCUCGAAUUGCCACUCCUUUGACUACGUUAACCCGCAAGAAUGUCAAGUUUGGCUGGGGUCCCAAACAGAAAGAAUCCUUUGAGAUUCUGAAACAGAAAUUGAGAAAUGCUCCUGUCUUAACCCUACCUGAGGGGAUUGAAGACUUUGUAGUCUACUGUGACGCUUCGGACACAUGA